AUGGACUCCAGUGGACUCCAGUGGACUCCAGUGGAUUCCAGUGGAUUCCAGUGGCCCUCUUACCAGGCCAGAUUGGCUGGCAGAAUGCCCAGUCCACUGGAGUCCAGUCCAGUCCAGUCCAGUCCAGUCCAGUGGACUCCCACUGGACUGCCAGCCACUUUCCUGAGUCCAGUCCCAGUCCAGUGGACUAUGAGUCCAAGAUGGACCCUGAACCCUGAACACAGCCCAUUCAUGAUCAUGGCAAUGACAGCUUUCUAUAUUUGGAUAUGGACCCUGAACCCUGAACACAGCCUCUCCAACUUACUAAGCAAUAUUCUGAUUUUCUACACAUUUUUGGCCAAUUUAUUUGCCAUUUUUCCUGAUUUUAUGGCUGCUUCUCUCCUUAAGAGAAAAGGUUCCCGCGGUGAUGAAAGAAAACUGAGAAAAUCUAGCACCAAUAAAGGGACGAUAACAAGGGAGGCUAACUUUGUCCGAGACGGUAUUAUCCUUAUGGAACCUAAGUCAUUGUUCAACUUUGUCAUCCGGGGCCUACUUCAAAUUUCUGCCUAUAUUGUUCGUCAGCUUCCAUUGCCUAUGGGUGUACGAAUAGACCAGGCAAAGUUUACGUCUGCAUUCACCAUGCAAGACAAUAUGACAACCAUCACUGCUGAACCUUGGCCUGAAGCUCCAGAUGGUUCGGUCUCUGAUCCCAUUUUACCAGGGGAGAUUGAGGUUGAUGGGAUGGAUCCAUCUGUCAAAGCAGCUCAUAUUCGCAAAAAAAUCCACAUGGAAUGGAUUGACCACAAAGCCAAUAUGGCCAGCUUUAUACCAUCCCAGUGGGGCCACGUUAAGGACUACACAGAUACGACAAGUCAAGAUACAGAAGUUGAUAGGCCAAAACAUGUGGGUGGUGGCAUCAGCAGGAAAAACAAGAAUGAAGGUCAAAACCGGGAGAGGGAGCUUCAAUAUUGUUACUGA